AUGAUACGUGACUCUGUUGUGUUUGGAUGCACAUGGGACUACUCUGCCCUGAUCUCACCGUCUCGAGGGCUGUUUGAACAUCUAACGCGUAUGACGCGCUGUUCACCCCUGUUUCUGGUGGCCAAGUGCGACCAAUACGUUGCCGGUGACGAGAAGGGUUUCAGGGCUGUGAUCACCGCGGAGGCCAAUGAGCUGGCGGAGGUUCCCGGUGGUUCGGGUCUUGUGGAGCUCAUCGGUCACAUAUACGUUCAAGAGGCCAAACAGCACCUCAAGCGAUUCUUUGGGCUGGAGGGAUUCUUCUCAGAAUUGGGCGAGAAGAAGAAUACCAUUGGCAACAUACUCUCGCUGGCGACCGCUAUGGCUGGAACACAGGCGGCGGCCACAAAGAUGCAGGAGGACGAAACCAAUUUAGCACACCAAGACCAGCUACAGAAACAGGCGGUCAAUAUGAUCUGGAGACUGGGUAAAUUUGAGAUCAGCGGAACCUUGCGAUCAAUCUGCGAGAAAGCAAUGACCGAUAAAAGUAUACCCGAGGCCAAACAGAACAAAAUCACACUGGGUAUCGAACUGAUCGGUGAGAUAUACGAACGCGUUGCCGCACAGACGAAGAGGGAAGAAAACGCCAUCCUGGCUGCUAUAGCCAACGGGACAAUAGACAACCUGUUUAUUCCGAAGUUCAGGCUUUAUAUCAAAACGGCUGAGAAAGAGGAAGUGUCGCUGAGAGAGAUUGACAUGGAGAAGCCGGAUGAGCUAUUAGCGUCCUUCAAGAGGCUUCGGAACGUCACAUUGGAGGUGCCAGCGGGCACUGAGGUUUUAAGAUGGGAGCUGGGCCUCGUUGCGAGGAAAGACGUGUCGCAAGCCGUGGUCAAAGUUCAGGUGCAUCCUAUAAUGGACUCGUCGUGGUUAUCAGAAGGGGUUGCCCGUACACCCCACGCAUUUGUCGCCAGAUUGCCGAAACUCGAAAUGAAGGAUGAGGUGCAGAGGGUCCCUGGUAUCGUCUUUGACAGGAGACUGCCAAACCGAACGGUCGAUGCGGGACGAAAUUACAGACUGGAAGUGACGGUACAAGUCGGCGAGCGCCGUGUGGAGAAGUUCGAAUGCAAAUUCAUACUGAAGAAAGCAGAAUCCAUUGAAGGUGCCCCAUCAAAGAAGCUUUGAUAAAUAAAGCAAC